AUUUUAAUAUUUUCUUUAAUACGGAAAUAGUUUAUGACUGACGACGGUACAAUUUACAAUUUGUUUCUUGUUUUCUUGUCAUUACAGAAUCAUUAGCAGGCAUGUUGCUGUAAAUGGCCUCAACGAUCUAAGUAAUCGAUCUUUGACUGUUUAAGUUUACUUAACGACUGAAAUUAUUAAAAAAGACUUCGCUGCGGAUCUUUGACAAAACGAAACUAAUCAACAUACGAUGAAGAGUCUUGAAAGACAAGCACGGAAGGUGAGGAAGGGACAUUAUGUGGCGACACACAACAGCAGCCCAUCGCCACCUUAUGGCUCAACAAAUCGCGCUUAUUUCUCAGAUGGUGACGAUAGUCGACCACCUUCCGAACGAACAUUGUCAGAAUAUACGAUGGUGAACGAGCGAUCGUCACCUCCGACUGCUCCAUCGAGAAAGUCACGUGAACGUGAACGAUCCAAGAGUCAAAAUGGAAUCUACGAUGGUCCACGUCCCUUAUCUAGUCCCCCAAGUCGGCCUCCGCCAAGGGCACCCUCAGCUUUGAGUUACGAUCAUGGCGGUGAAAACGGUGAUAUUUAUGUGACAAGUGCGGUGUACAGAGCCCCAUCAGAGAUGAGCCGAUACUCGACACAUCGAGAACGUGAUCGCGUUUAUCAGCACUCGAAGCCACGCAGUAUCUACUCAGUUGCAAGCAGCAGAAAGACUGGUCGAAGUGGACGAAGCAUGCACUCGCAGAGACGCAUGGGAGCGAAGGUCGAAGCGAUGUCGGCUCCGAAUCCCUUUUGUCCCAAUAUCCGAGGCAUGUGUUGUCUCAUGCUUCUCAUUAAUCUCGGCUUGAUUCUCGUCACACUUGGCUUUGUCAUCGUCAUUCAGUUCGUGGAACCUUUCUUUGUCUGGGUUCUUGGGGUUGUCUUCCUCGUCUUUGGAUUUGCAACACUCAUUGGUUCGAUGAUUUAUUGUGUGAUUGUAUGCAAGGACGUGAAGACGCCGUCGCAAUUGCGAAACGAAGAUUUGUAUUGGACGAAACAUUGGCAGAAAAACAUCGGCUACACGCCACAUGAAAUCGACUACAAGACCGAUCCCGAUGGAUAUUCAGUCAGUAAAAUGAGUGGAAAAUAUUCUGAUCGAGCCAGCAGCAACACACGCUACUAACAGCGACAACAUAAGUAGCGAUUAAUUGUCUCAAAGUCGCGGUUUUCAAAAGAAAACUCAAAAAUGUUGCGAAAAGCUUUAAAAUAAUUUUGCCAUAUAAAAAACGAAAGAAAGAAUAAUCGUAAAGUUUUAAAAACUAAAGUUAAUUAAUGUUUUUUUAACUUAUUAAUUUUAUUAUGAAACUUGAAACAUUUUUUUAUGAUGCUAACGGUUAAAUAAAUAAAUAAAAUGUGAAAAGAAAAAAAAGAAGCAAAUUUAAUGAAAAUGAGAUGAAAUAAUAAAAUAAAGUGAAGUUAAUUUCUGAAAUCGAUA